AUGGAUAAAUUUUUAUUCGACCAACAUUUGCAAGACUGCACUGUAGUGCAAGAGAAAACGACAUGUUUCGAAACUUUUCUUUAUGCUGAUCCGGAAUACCGAACUACAGUGACCGAAGAGACCAUUCUUGAGGUAGAAGAAUUUGAUGACUUUUUGAAUCAAAAGGGCAGGUUCAAAAACAAGAAUCAAGGGUGCAUCGGAGGAAUCAGACUCAUCCUGCAAGGAAAUGCAAUCCACCCUAAUACAUUCGAGCCCAAGUUUUUAUCCUUACCAAAUGGCUUUCAUCAAAAGAUUGUGGACACAAUGUAUCUUCCUCACUCAUGGAUUGAGACUCUAAGUGCAGUAGGCCCAUUUUACUGGUCCGGAUGUGAGCAAAUCGGUAAUGAUCAUUAUCUUCAGAUAAUAUACCGUAAAAGCGACGUCAAAAAAGCAUCUAACGCUCGGAACUGGGAGUUGGUCCUUUCACACUCUCUCAAGACUGGUAUCACGAAUGCCUUUUUCAAGGGUACUCCUCGAGCCGAUGUUACUCGAUGUAUCACAUGUCUUCGUCAAUGCAUUGGUGAAAUCGACCAUCCCUUAUUCCUGCCUGCUCUGGUCUUUUCUUGUGACAUUGAUUUUGGAGAAGACAAACGUCACCGAGACAAUCGAGAACGAGUUCGAAUCUUGGAAAAACAAGUGGUAGAUGCAUCUCACAGAUAUGCACAUCCAGAUUUUACCAAGCGAGAUAAAGUCAAUCUUUCACAAAUCAACAGUGACUUGGUAGAUUGCCAUAAAAAUGUUUUGUGGAAGCGGCCGGAAGGGUACAUCACUAUUGUCCAAAAAAUGGAGAAAACAGCAUCCGAGUUCAAAAUUCUGUGGCCGAAUGAAAGGAAGGAAAGAUUGAGAAAGAUUCAAACAAUGAUAGAAGGAAGGCUUGAACUACUUCAGUCUAAGCUCCAGGGAAUAAGCACCCACCGUGAAGUUACAAUCUCGAGAUUGAAGUUGAUUGGGGAGGUGUUAGAAAAUUUGGUCUCGCUGGAUAUCUACAAGCAAGAGAAACAGCGACAAUUUAGCAAGUUGCUGAGUCGAAAAACGGCACGCCUAGAGGAAACAAAACAAGAAGAGAGAAGAGAAAUGGAGAAAACACAGAGAGAUCUAGAAGUAAUGCUAGAAACAAGGAAGCAGACCACUAUGUCAUUACUAGGCAUUUUGUUUCUACCUGGUACAUUUUUUGCAGCAAUUUUCAGUACCACAUUCUUCAAUUUUCAACACGGUGUUUAUGCGGGAAUAGUCUCGAAAAAGUUUUACAUUUACUGGGCAGCUACGAUUCCAACCACUGUGACCUUGUUGGGCAUGUGGCUCCUCUGGCAAAGAAGAACUAGAAAAAUGCUAGAGAAAAGAGAUGAAAAGUUUCGGGAUCUUGAAGCACAGAGCAAAAAGGCAAGAAAUGACAUUUUCAAAGAGGAAGAUAGCCAUUUUAAACCAGGCUGA